UUUUUUAUUUUUUGAACCAAAUGUCCUAUUUGAUCACUAAGAUUAGGAUAUAUUUCAUAAUGAUUAUUAUGUUUUUUGAUCAGAUAUGAUGCAUUUUACCACAAUUUCCCAAACAUUUUAAUAAGACGUUUUCCCAAUUUCAGCUUUUUUGCCAUUUCGGUAAUGAGAAGGCCAAGUGGGGUAAAGGGGAUGUUUUGAGAAUAAGAACGUAAUUCUGAAGGCUAAUAAGUGAAUAAAUUAACCUAACUUCUAAGACUCCUCUAGAUGAUGCAUCAUGGGUGAAUACAACUUUAUUUAAAAACAGAGUUUUUUCAGGAACUUUAAAAAGUAUUACGUUAUGAGACACAUGUCCACAAUAUUAUACUUUAAUGUAAACUUCAACUAGUAUACAAUUUGUAUGAUUUAUGGACAAACUACAGCAACAUAUUUUGUGUUUUAUUCAAAUAAGUUAGGUUUUCUAAAGUAAAAGUCCAGAGAAUUUAAUCCUGACUCAUUAAAAAAAUGAGAAUUUGGGGUGAAAUGUACAAGAUUCAGGCUUUAAAAAAAUGUCUUUAAAAUAAGACACUUUGCCAAAAACUAGACAUCUUAGUCAUCAAAUGAUAGUUCAUUUUUGCAGAUGCAUCAUGGUUUUACAACUUAAUUUGCUCCAUAAGAAUCACCCGUAUGCCCAUGCCAGUAUGAGUGAGGCACUCUGGAUUAGCACGUCGCUGUUGGAGGGGCCCUCCUCCGCCAGCGGUUUCGGCCGCGCUGUCCGGACCCAGCCCAUCAAACUGAAGCCACGCUCUGCUCAGGAUUCGCCCUGCGGCUCCCCCAGGAUGUCCCCCCGGGACUCACCCUGCAACUCUCCGCUCCUCUUCCGCAAGCUCCUCAUGAACCGCAGCAUCACCCUGCAGAGGCGCUUCACCCUGUCUCACACACCCAGUUUUGAUGUGGAGAAUGGGCUGCCGGUGGGACACAGCCCUGUGGACCCCCAGGCCAGCCCCAGCUCCGGCCUGGUCCUGCAGGCCAACUACCCCCACAGCCAGCGCCGCGAGUCCUUCCUCUACCGCACCGACUCCGACUUCGACCUCUCACCAAAAGCCAUGUCCCGCAACUCCUCCACGGCCAGUGAGCAACAUGGAGAAGACAUGAUUGUGACACCAUUUGCACAGGUGCUCGCCAGUCUCCGAACAGUCAGAAGCAACUUUACCGUCAUAACUCAUCUGCAGGAUCGGCCCAACAGGUGGCCGUCAGGCAGCAACCCUCCCUCAAUGCCUACUCAUACCAAGCCAAGCAUACCAGAGGAGCCCUACCAGAAGCUGGCCAUGGAGACACUGGAGGAGCUGGACUGGUGUCUGGACCAGCUGGAGACCCUGCAGACCCGUCACUCAGUCAGCGAGAUGGCUUCCAACAAGUUCAAAAGGAUGCUGAACAGAGAGCUCACCCAAUUGUCAGAAACCAGCCGGUCAGGAAACCAAGUCUCAGAGUUUAUCGCCAACACUUUCCUAGAAAAGCAGCAUGAUGUUGAGAUUAUGUCUGGGCCUCCUAAAGACAAGGACAAGAAGAACAAGCCCAUGUCCCAGAUCGUUGCGGUGAAGAAACCUGCCCUCAGCCCCAGCCUCGCCCCUACCCAGAUCCCCCGCUUUGGGGUCAGCACCCUCCAUGAGGGUCUACUGGCCACGGAAUUUGAAGACAUCAACAGAUGGGGUCUAGAUAUUUUCAAGAUAGCUGAAUACUCCGGGAAUCGGCCUUUGACGGUGGUCAUGUACUCCAUUUUCCAGGAGCGAGAGCUGCUGAAGAACUUUAAGAUCCCAGCCGACACCUUCGUCACCUUCAUGAUGACCCUGGAGGACCACUACCACACCGACGUGGCCUACCACAACAACAUCCACGCUGCCGACGUGGUACAGUCCACUCAUGUCCUCCUCUCCACCCCUGCCCUGGAGGCUGUCUUCACUGACCUGGAGAUCAUGGCUGCUCUGUUUGCCAGUGCCAUACACGACGUGGAUCACCCCGGAGUGUCCAACCAGUUCCUCAUCAACACAAACUCUGAGCUGGCUCUGAUGUACAAUGACGCCUCGGUCCUGGAGAACCACCACCUGGCCGUGGGCUUCAAGCUGCUGCAGGAGGACAACUGUGACAUCUUCCAGAGCCUCAGCAAGAAACAGGGACAGUCCCUCAGGAAGAUGGUCAUCGACAUGGUGUUGGCCACUGACAUGUCCAAGCACAUGAACUUCCUGGCUGACCUGAAGACCAUGGUGGAGACCAAGAAGGUGACCAGUCUGGGAGUGCUGCUGCUGGACAACUACUCAGACCGCAUCCAGGUCCUGCAGAACAUGGUUCACUGUGCUGACCUGAGUAAUCCCACCAAGCCCCUGGAGGUCUACCGCAAAUGGACGGACCGCAUCAUGGUGGAGUUCUUCACCCAGGGGGACAGGGAGAGGGACAAGGGCAUGGAGAUCAGCCCUAUGUGUGAUAAACACAACGCCUCCGUUGAGAAGACCCAGGUAGGAUUCAUAGACUACAUUGUCCACCCUCUGUGGGAGACGUGGGCUGACCUGGUCCACCCUGACGCCCAGGACAUCCUGGACACGCUGGAGGACAACCGGGAGUGGUACCAGAGUAUGAUCCAGCGCAGCCCCUCACCCACCCUCGAGGACAGGGACCUUGACGGGGGGCCAGAGGCCCUGGAGGCCAUGGCGGGGGGCUGCUGCACCUCCACAGGGGACAAGUUCCAGUUUGAACUCACCCUGGAGGAGGAGGAGGAGGAGGGCGACGUCGAGUCAGACCUGGAGAGCCCCCCCGAGGAGGAGAGGUCACAGGGGGGAGAGACCUCUAGGAAGACCCCGGCCCUGUCUCUAUCCCCAGAGCCCAGCAGCAGCACCAGAUACCGGCCCCCCUCCCCUCACCCUGGCCGGGCCCUCAGUCUGACCACCAUGUCGGUCAGGAGCCCUGGCCAUCUCAGGACGUUGAGCCCCGGGCUGGACGGGGACGACAGAGACGAUAGGGACAGAGAACUGGGCCAGGAAGGGAGUAGUGUAGCGUACCUACGGCUUGGCACGUAACACCAACCCUGGCCCACCCGGGACCUUGUUCAGUCCCUGCCUUGGUUCGUGGGUCCCAGCAGCAAUUGGACGCGCAGGGUGGGCUUUUUGACAACAGUCUGUAAUGACAACAGUCCCAUUACACUGGAGACACCUUUACACUGGCCACUUCCCCACCUUUUAAUCUUGUAGAACAAGAAGUUUCUGUGUGCCAGAUGGGACUUUUUAGUCCUGCUUUCUGUAGUUGAUUCUGGGGGUAAAGUGUCAGACACAGACUGCUGUAUAUGUCUAGCUGAUCAAAGGUAGAGAACUAACUACAUGCUAACCAGUCUCACCAAUGUCUCCUGAUGAAGCAAGGAAUUCUACUGACAAAACAAUGUCUUCCUCAAAAUGAUGGAAUCUAGAUAUUUUCAAUGGAAUAUUGUAAGGAUUGUGAUCAGUUGACAGGGUCUUGGAACUUUUGCACCAUACAAUUAGGGGAUUAUAUUUGUUUGAAUUCAGUAAGCAUAAACUCAUUUAUUUUAUUUAGUCUCUUUGAGAAUUCUGUGAAUGAUAAGUUUUACCAAAUCCAGUAUGUACCUGAAUAGUGAGAGAAUUGUGAAUUAAACCUCAGGGUAUGAAGAGAGAAAGGAUUUUAAUGUAGCACAGACUUCUUGGGUACCCCUUAACCUAGACUGCCUGUUUCGAGUUGUGUUGCUAACGACAAACAGCUCUUAGAACCUCAAGAGGUUCAAGUUAUGCAAAAAUACAUAACUGAUUUGACAUAUUUAUUUUUCUCUGGCACCAUCUAUUGAUCUAAAUUAAAAAGUUAAUGAGUUUGAGAACUAAAGCAAGUUAAGUAUGGAGUAUGAAACAAACAGUACCAGUAUAAUUAUAUACAGUGGGGUCUGAAAUUAUUGACACCCUUGGUAAAUACUAAUUUAUAGGAAUCUUUAGGGGUGUCAAUAAUUUUUUUGAGAAAAAAUUGACAUUUUUUGUAGCACACAAUAUAGAUCAGUAUUUGAAAUUAUUUAUUUGAUACAGUCAUUAUUGCUAUUCUUUAUCAGGGGUGUCAAUAAUUUCAGACCCCACUGUAUAUAAGUCAAGUAUUUAAACAUUUCCUGAAGUACUGUGGUUGAUUGGGGUACCCAAUACAAGUUGUUUUAAAUCUAGACAAACACCACUUACACUCAUAUUUGUAAAAUUGUAUUUGUUUCUAUGUGAUCAUGUUUUACGUUUGUGUCAUGUUUUUUAAAUAUGAUUUGAAAUGGUUCUGUUUUCUUGUAUUUAAACAUUUCCUGAAGUACUGUGGUUGAUUGGGGUACCCAAUACAAGUUGUUUUAAAUCUAGACAAACACCACUUACACUCAUAUUUGUAAAAUUGUAUUUGUUUCUAUGUGAUCAUGUUUUACGUUUGUGUCACGUUUUUUAAAUAUGAUUUGAAAUGG